AUGGCUGUUUCCAUUUCCAGCAGGAAAUUUAAACCAUCCAAAAAGGCGGUAACAAAAGAACGUUGUUCCUGUGGAACAUUCAUUUUCAAAAUUCUGUCCCGAGUCCCCCUUGCCAUUCUUCUUUUGAUUUUUGUGUACCUAUGGUCCUCCUCCGCUACCAUUAUCUCUGGCAAGAUUGUUCACAUCUGUGUUUCCUCGAGGAAGCUCAACAAUCUUUACUGCCUCUCUGCAGGUACCCAGCCAAACUUCGAAAUCCCAGUUCCACUCAUCAACAAUAGUUUCACUAGUACUAGCACUACUAGCAACGAUAUUGAUGCUAGUCCUCACACAAGUAGAAGUACUGUCAAAGAAUACGUCAAGGUCGGUAGCGUUCUUGAAUUCAUCGGCGACAGCAAAGAGACUGUCAAUGUUCCUAGCUCUAGCACCAAUGGCCAUGUCAAAGAAGUUGCCAACGUUUUCAGGGAGGACUCAUUUCCAACUGUGACAGGUGGGACUGACAAAAACAGGAGCGAGGAGAUUGCCAUUGCAAAGAAGGUUGUCAGGGAGCAACUACAACUGCAUCGAUCGUGGAUGUCUAGUACAAACCAUUCUUCUUGUGAUGGGAGGGGCAUAUAUGUUUAUGAUCUGCCAUCAAAAUUCAACAAGGACCUGAUAGGUCAAUGUGGAGAUAUGAUGCCAUGGACAAAUUUUUGUAAAUAUUUUAAUAACGAUGCGCUGGGUGAGCCAAUAGCAAACCUCGGAAAGGGCUGGUAUCGGACCCAUCAGUACUCAUUGGAACCAAUAUUUCAUUCAAGAAUUCUGAGGCAUCCUUGCAGGGUUUACAAUGAAAGUGAAGCAAAACUCUUUUAUGUCCCAUACUAUGGUGGUCUAGACAUCCUGAGGUGGCAUUUCAAGAAUGUCUCAGAUGAUGUUAAAGACACUUUGGCACUGGACCUAAUGAAGUGGCUCGAGUACAGAAAACCUUGGGCUCAAAGCUCUGGCAUGGAUCAUGUGUUUGUGUUGGGAAAAAUUUCGUGGGAUUUCAGGAGAAGGAAUGAUACUUCCUGGGGUACUAGAUUUCUAGAGCUCGAGCAAAUGCAGAACCCAAUAAAGCUGUUGAUCGAACGACAACCAUGGGAAGUCAACGACAUUGGAAUUCCUCAUCCUACCUUCUUUCACCCUCAUUCAGAUGAUGAUAUUGUUGCAUGGCAGCAAAAGAUUAUCGGAACAACUCGAAAGAGUCUAGUGAGUUUUGCUGGCGCAGCACGGCCUGAUCAACCCCAGAGCAUAAGAUCAAUAUUGAUCAAUCACUGCACUUCAACAACCAGUGAUAAAUGCCAGUUUUUGGAUUGUAAAUCAGGUGGAUGUAAUCAGCCUGAAUCCGUCACAAAGCUGUUUUUGGAGUCUGAAUUCUGCUUCCAGCCUCCUGGUGAUAGUCCAACAAGAAAAUCAGUAUUUGAUUCACUUGUUUCAGGAUGCAUACCAGUAAUUUUUGAUCCCUUUACAGCUUAUUACCAAUAUCCAUGGCAUUUACCUGAGGAUCAUGGUAAAUAUUCAGUAUUUAUAGACCAAGAAGAAGUGAGGCAAAUGAAGGGGAAUGUGGUGGAGAGGCUAAGGAGUGUUUCUGCAAGGGAAAGGGAGGAUAUGAGAAGGUUCAUAGUGUAUGAGCUUCUACCUGGGCUGGUAUAUGGCGAUUCAAGUUCUCGGUUGGAGAAGUUUCAGGAUGCGUUUUCCAUAACAGUGAAUGCCCUGCUUGAGAGGGUUAGCAGGAUGCAAUGA